UUUUUCAAAGUGUGUUUCCACGUUUCAUAAGACUAAAGAUCGGGACAAAAAAAUCCCAACACACCUCCAUUACUGAUUUCACCCUCUCCAUCCCAAUUUGAUCCCACUUUCUUCAUCUGAUUCUAGGGUUUGUUGUUUAAUCUUCUACUGCUUUUACCCCCUCUUUUCCGUAGUCAAGAUUCAAUUUUUAUCCAAACGCAAACCCUCGAAUUGCCUUGAAAAUUACUAGGGAUGUUGAGCUGGAAUUUGUCGGACGAGCUGCUGGGGACCGUGGCGCCGAUAAUCGUGUACUGGGCUUACUCGGGUUUGUACGUUUUGCUGGGCUCGCUCGAUAACUACAGGCUUCACUCGAGGAAAGAUGAAGAUGAGAAGAACUUGGUGUCCAAGAGAGAUGUGAUCAAGGGCGUUCUUCUCCAGCAGGCGGUUCAGGCUGUUGUGGCCACAAUCCUCUUUGCUGUCACGAGCACCGACUCAAACUCAAACACCGCCACAGAACAACACGAACCACCGGCUUCUUCCCUAAUCACACUCGCCCGCCAAUUCCUCGUGGCCAUGCUAGUCCUCGACACGUGGCAGUACUUCAUGCAUCGAUACUUGCACCACAACAAAUUCCUCUACCGACACAUCCACUCCCAACACCACCGCCUAAUAGUGCCUUACGCUUUCGGAGCACUCUACAACCACCCCAUCGAGGGCCUCCUCCUCGACACCUGUGGUGGGGCCCUCGCCUUUCUUGUCUCGGGAAUGUCCCCACGAGCCUCGAUUUUCUUCUUCUCGUUCGCGACUUUGAAAACCGUGGAUGAUCAUUGUGGGUUGUGGCUGCCCAGGAAUUUUUUCCACUUCCUCUUUAGAAAUAACUCGGCUUAUCACGACGUUCACCACCAGCUGUACGGGAACAAGUACAAUUUUUCGCAGCCGUUUUUCGUGAUGUGGGACCGUAUGCUCGGGACUUAUAUGGAUUACUCGCUCGAGAGGAGAGGUAAUGGGGGAGGGUUCGAGGCCCGGCCCACUAAGGACUGCACGAGGAAGAUCGAUUGA